AUGGAUUCCCCUAGUGACUUCAGCGCUGGACUCAAGCCCGCCGCCCCUGAUGGCGCUACGAUCAUUCACAGCGAGCGCCAGCGCUCGAACGUUAACAUCCAGCAGCUCUCGGAGCAUUUGAUGGGGCCUGAAUAUCUCGAGCGCCAAGGACGAGUGUUGACCAUCUUGGGUAAAGAGAAGAUAUUUUCCAAGUCAAUCCAGGCAAACCUUUCCCGACCGGACAGGUACAAGCUCGGGCUUGCCCGCGGAAAGCGUAUGAGACAGCUCCAAGACAAGCACGGCUGGGACGAUGAUGAUUUCCUUAUGGCGGAGUACCUCGUGGACGACAUCCAGCCAUAUCAUCUUCAUAUAUCGCUUUUCACUGCUGCGGUCCGCGAACAGGCAAGCGACGAGCAGAGGGCGUACUGGAUGCCCAAGAUAGCAGCAUGGGAAAUUAUCGGUGCCUAUGCCCAGACGGAACUCGGCCAUGGCAGCAAUGUUCGGGGGAUAGAGACUGAAGCACGGUGGGAUUCGGCUACGAAAGAGUUCAUCCUGCAUAGUCCCACAAUUACAGCAAGCAAGUGGUGGAACGGUACGCUCGGCCGCACAGCCAAUUAUGCGGUCGUCGUUGCUCAGUUGAUGUUACCCGAAAAUGGGAUCUACAAGUCAUACGGGCCGCAUCCUUUCAUUGUUCAGAUCCGCGAUCUGAAGACGCAUCAGCCACCUCAUAGUAUCGUUGUCGGCGAUAUAGGUCCAAAGUACGGAUAUGCUCCCAUGGACAACGCAUAUUGCCUAUUUAACCAGCAUCGUAUUCCGCACAGUGCCAUGUUGUCCAGGCACUCUCGCCUCGACCCUCAAACAGGCAUAUACACCAAGCCGAAGAAUCCGUCCUCGGUUUAUGGACAGCUUACUCGAGGACGUUCAGUCAUUGUUAUGAAUGCGCGUCUGGUGCUGGCUCGAGCCGUGACGGUGGCGGUACGCUACCUGUCGAUUCGACGCCAAUUCCGUGACCAAGAUAAGCCAACUCAGCCACUGGAGACAUCUGUCCUCGAUUACACCACCGUGCAAAUACGCAUUCUGCCUCUGUUAGCAACAACAUUUGCCCUUCAUUAUUCAGGUGCUUAUAUGCGGCAGCUGUACGAACGUACACGCAAAGAUGACACCACAAUUGACACGAUCGAUCAUGCCGCUCUCUCCGAGCUGCACAGUACGUCGGCCGGGCUCAAGAGCCUAGCCACGACACUCGCGGCGGAUGGAAUUGAGGUCUGUCGACGCUCAAUGGGUGGCCACGGGUUCGGUGGAGGUACUGGCCUGGUACAGCUGAACGCGGACUAUUUGUCCAAGCCAACGGUGGAAGGUGAUAAUUGGAUGAUCACACAGCAAGUUGCACGGUACCUCAUCAAGAAAGUAAAGGAGCAGAUACACGCACCGAAGGACAAGCCGUCGGGUCAAACUGAGGAGCAUAUCAAAACUUAUCUGUCCGCCCAAUCCCCCACGCGGAAACUCGACGUUCUGGAGAGCGACCAGUCCAUUGUGGAUGCUUUCAAUUGGCGCAUGUCCUGCAUGGCAUACCGGGCAUAUGAUGCCCGAGAGGUACAGAAGAGAUCCUGGAACAGCCUACUCAUCGAAUUCCACAAACUGAGCCGGGCUCACUCUCAGGCAAUGCUGGUAUCGAACUUCUACCAAGCGGUAGCCGGCCACAACAAAGAUAUCGUUCUGGAUUCGGCAACACGCUCUGUUCUCCUGGACCUCUUCCGACUGUUCGCCCUUCAUACCAUGGAUUCGGAUGCUCGAGAGUUUCAGAACUCUGGUGCAGUCUCUUCAGAGGAAUUAAAUGAAUUGCCUGCGAAAGUGCUUGGGCUGAUGGAAAGGAUCAGGCCACACGCUGUUCGGCUUGUAGAUGCGUGGGCCAUCCCGGACUAUUUGCUUGACAGUGCACUGGGGCGGCACGAUGGCAAAGUCUAUGAAGACCUCUUCUAUCGCGCCCACGUUCUGAAUCCCUUGAACAGGGAGACAUUUAACCCUGACUACAAGACCGACGAGAUUGUUAUGGAAAGCGGUGAUGCAGGGAAGAUCUUGGCGAAAUUAUAG